UGAGUCAAUCCUCUGGCAUCCCUAGCCCCUAGCUCUGGCGUACUGCGAUCCCAUACAUACCGUACCGGUAUAUACAUGCACAGUAUACUAAUUCUCUGCAGCGAGAUCUCUUGCUAUUUGUUUUAUACACAGUCUAGAGUCUAGUCACAGACGUGACGUUUACUUUCGCAUUCGCCUCGGAAAAAGUUGCUGUCAAGUGGAUUUAUUUUCAAGCAGCAAAUACGAACACGUUCCUCUUUUGGAUCAAUGGAUAUUCACUUAGGAUUCUCUCGUUGAAGUUUCAAUUAAUUGAAUUAUCAUGUGGCAAUUAAUAGAACAUUACUAUUCGCAAAACUACACUGUUUUUUGGCUGGCAGAGUUCUUCCACAGCUGGCCACACAUCUCGUACAACGGGCUGAAGAAACAAGACUCAACAUUCGAUCCCACAAAUCAAAAAUAUAUCGAGUCUCUGAUCUUCUGGGCCGCUGUACCAAUCCUAUGGCUUCUCCUGACUCUGGUCCUCUCACUUUUCUUCAGCUGUUGUUUGUGCUGUAAGAGACGACGGUCAUUGGAUCCUAGUCGGGCUAGACUAUCGGUCAAUUGUCCGCAGAGAUUCCUCAUCAUAGCAUCAUUUGUUUGCCUAGGGCUUCUCGGAGUUGGUUACUAUGGCAAUGAGACGACUGCUAUUGGAAUCCAUCAUUUCAUCAACUCAGCCAAUGGGAUAAAUGACACUGUUACCAAUGUGGAUUACAAGAUCAAUAAGAUUGAAGAUGAUCUUGGGAGCAUUAUUCCAUCUGAGGUGGCAUCGCUGGAAAGUGAGUUACGGAAGAACGUGAGCAAUACGACAGCUCUAGGUAUAAUGCUUGAGAUGACUGCCUCAUUGACGCAAGCAUCUGAGAUGGCAGCAGCUAACCUGACGGAAAUCAGUGAGAAGAUCUCUCUGAGUGGAUUGGAUAGUAGUCAACUCAUCAGUAAUAUCAAAUAUUAUGACUACUUCAGGUGGAUGGGAAUGACCCUGAUUCUGACCUUCCAGGUCGUGACCUGUCUCUUCAUCCUACUGGCUGCAUCAAAGGCAUCAAGAUAUCUCCUAGUCUUGUCCAGUAUCUUAUGUAUCGUGUGUAUCUUGAUGAUCUGGUGUUUAGUUGGAGCAGAACUCUUCAUUGAAGUGGGGCUUGGUGAUCUGUGUGUCGAUCCUAGUCAGUAUAUCAUGACUGAAACCAGUAAGAAAUCUGAAAUAUCUCAAGAUGUUCUUGAAUACUACAUUCAGUGCACAGACAGCAGUCUAAAUCCCUUUAGCUUGGCAAUCACUGAAGCAAACAAUUAUCUGGCUUCGGCUCAUAAAUCUGUUUUCUCUUUGGAGGGCAUGGUGAGAGAAUACGCCCCAUCUUCACAGACGUACGUUGAUGCUGUUGGAGUUGCUUUGGCUGAUGUGUCUGAGUAUACACAACAUGUGACAGCGUUAGUAGACUGUACAGGCAUUCACAAAGAUUACAUCACUGCUCUAAAUGGCAUAUGUUAUCAUACAAUAGCUGGUGUUGGUUUCCUGCUAGUAAGUGGCAUAGUCCUGGGUCUCCUGAUCACGUUGGUCUUGUGUAUGUCAUCCACACUGGCAGCCAGGAUAGCAAGAAGGAAGAUAAAUUAUGAGGUGGACCAGGAAGAUCCUUUCCUGCCAACUCCAAACUCUACGGCGACCUUGGAGAGAUUCAGAAGAAGAGGUCAAGAACCAACGGAUUCAGCUCGGGUCACGCCCCCACUUGCCCCCAUCUCACCUACCAGACCCCAUUCACAGCAUGGCUUUGGCAGCAGGUCGGUUCCAUCUCCUCCUAGAUAUCACAGAUAUGAACCUCCGUUUGAAAUGGUGAACCCUCGCCCCCCUGCCGGCCGUACAUCAUACGUAUCACACCAGCGAGAUAGUUAUAUGGAAGAUUCUGUAACAACAACAAGAGGAAACUAUGACACUCCCCCUCCCACUUAUACCAUGGCCAUGAGGCGGGAUGGGAACAGACGAACACCUGACGGGAGAUCAGCAAGAGAAGAACAAUCCAAUCAGAAUAGAUUAUCAGCAGGAUCAGCUAGUCUCGUCUGACAAUGGCUUCUAUGGCAGACAUAAUGGGUCUGCUCAUUACUCAAAGACACUCAAAGACACUCAAAGACUGCUGAUCUUAUGGAGGGAGUGAGAGAGUGAGAGAGAGAGAGAAUGAGAGAGUGAGGGAGUGAAACUUGAGGAUCACAGCCAAUCUUGAUAAUCUGAUGCAUGGAUAGAUAGGAUUCAUUAUCCUCUUCUACUCAUGCUGGUUGUUAAGAAAUCAAUGUUUUGUUAAGUAUCUGAAAAUAUAAGAUAUAUUGAAUUUGUUUUUUUCUGUGUAUGUCCUACAACAAAAGAGGCUAGUCUGGGUGAGGAAAUGCUGAUAUCAAGUAAACAAGAGAUUCAUCUCAGUAUGGAGAGAUAGAUGGAAUGUAAAUUAAUCCAUGUAUAACUUAGUCUGCUAUCAAGGAAUACAUGACAAAGGGGCUCUGAAUGCCUCUUCCAUAAACCUUUUAACAUUUUUGCUUGUCAAGUAUUUAAAAAAAAAAACAGUAUUUAAAGAAAAAUAUGAUCAUGACUUUCCAUGCAGUUUUCCUAAUCAAUUAAAUUUCCUUUGAUUAUAUGGACUAAAUUGCUAUUAAGGAACUACUACCAUUUAUGCUUUUUAGAUAGAGCUUUCUUGCCAUUUCAGAAGAUCCAUAACUAAGUAUCUGAUAUUAAACACAAUCAACAACCCACGGAGGAUCUUAUUCUUAUUGAAUAGGGUGGAGAUUUUACAAGCGUUUGUCAGAAACCUUAUAAUAAAUGAUUUUGAAUAAAAUAAACAUUAUGUACUUGGGGCAGAGAGUAAAAUUCUCAGCUCCUAAAAAAAAGAAGAAGCUUAUUGAUAAUCAACCAGCCAAUGUGCCUGCACUCUUUAGUUUGUGCCAAAUUUGAACUCCCUUUUAAAGAGAAUGAGAGGGGGAAUUGUGUGUGUGUGUGUGUGUGAGAGAGAGAGAGAGAGAGAGAGAGAGGGAGAGAGAGAGGACGACCUUUCCUUUGCCCACAUGUCUAUUAUUAUUUAUUGAGCCAUUCAAUGUUCCCUGAUAUUAUGUAGCUAUUGUUUGGAUCUCACCUUUGUUAUGAUAAUAGAGGGUAAGAUAACAUUCCAUAGGAAACAAUAUGACCAGGAUGACAUUCUCUACAUAUAUAUUUACCAAUCUAAUAGGCCUUACACUAGUGAUGAUAAUCAUGUAUGUUAUCAACGUCUUUUCUAUUCUUAUGUGUUCAUGUGCAACAAAAGUAGACCUUUUUAAUGUUUGCAUACACAUGCGGUAAGGAUGCACACACAUACGUAUGAAAAUGCUGAACAUGCAUCACAUAUACAUGUACAUGCAUGCAAUUAAAAAAUCUCUGAAUGAUUCAUGAUUCCAUCAAUGUUUGCUUCAAAUAUGUGAAGGAUUGAUAGAAGCAUUUAGAAUCAUUGAACAACAUCCACUAAUAACCCUAAAGAUAUGGAAAAUAAAUGAGUUAAUCCUCUCUAGGCAAACAAUAUAAAGAUCUUUGAAUAUCAUCAUAAACUUUGUAUAAUUAUUUUUGAUAGAAUUGCUAGUCAUAGUGGAUCAGUAGAGAGUAAUGCUCAAUCAUGUGUGAGGCAAACUCUAAAUAUGUAGAUUUAAUUGUUCUCGUCUACUCUUUAUUACAUGUAUGUAUAUUUGUCAGAUAAUGAAUUUGUUUGUUUGUAUAAAGAAGUAUAUUAAUGGACCAGUGUACGUGUAUACAUUUUAUAGAACAUGAAAUGUACUGUAUUUGCCAUAGUUAUGUGUAUAUUAUUAUGACUUGUAUUGAUACUGCUGUGGGUUCUUUUUAAAGGUCAGUCAGAGACUAAAGGUUUUUAGAUGGUGGUUUUACUAAACAUGAAAGAAAAAAUAAAAAUAAAAUUUAUGCUAGAAGUCAGGGAACAUUUCCAAAUGAUUUUAAGGAACAAUGUACUAAGCGAUGAACAAUUUUGAAAGCUGUUGCCACUUUUGGGGAAAUUUUCAAGUCAUUUGUAGUCAAUACCCCCCCCCCCCCCCCCCCCCUCUUUUAAAAAAAAAUGGAUAUUGCAAGUAAGCCUACAUACAUGUUAAUACUAUGUUAAUUCAUUCAUAGAAAGUUGACUCUAGCAAAUGUAACAUUUAUCAUGGCUAAUGCUAUUAAUAAUGGGCUUGAAAAUACAAGAAAAGUUGACGCCUUAGUAACAGUAUAUUUUUUCUACUAAAUGAUGAUUUAAAUGUUGCAUCAUGACUAUUGAAAUUGUAUUUUGAGAGAGAGAGAGAGAGACAUAUAAUCUGUAUAUUUAAUGAGAUGAUAUUUAUGUAUUUUUACAGAUGCUUAAGAUACUACAUUCUACAUUGUGUUGUACAUAUCUGUAAAUUAUAUUGAUUUCUUAUUUGGAGAAGACCACCCUGGUAUUGAUGCUUUUAUCAACAGCAGAAAGAAAGUGAAAGAAGACAGAUUAAUGUCUGUUUAUAGAACAUUUUGAGAAAAAAAGAAGUAAAUGAAAUUCAUGAUAGUUCAAAGAAAAAGUAGUAAAUAUGUGAUCCCUUGCCUAUAUCUCUUUCAAUUUUACUGAGAACGUUUUUCUCACACCCUUUUUUAAAGAUUCAUUAUUUGGAUAUACUUUUACACAACUAAAUAAUGAGCUCAUCACCACCAAGAAGGAUUUUAGCACCAAUAUUGAAUGCAAGGAUAAUCAGAGAUAAAAUCAGACAUGACAGUUUCUGUAAAAUGUUGUCAACAUUUUUACUUUUUUGGUCUGAUUUUUCUGCUUUUAGUACUUUAUAUCAGGAUGGAAUUCACAUUAUAAGAUUUGGAAUUAAGUUGUGUAGAAAUACAUGUAAUAUUAUUCAGAUUUGAAAUACCUAUGGUGCUUUUAUCUAAGACAAUCGGUAAGACAAGUAGUAUGGACGAAACAAUGGUAGCAAAUGAGUAUAGUCAGAAGAAUUUGAUGAAGAUUUGAUGUGGAUUGGCACAUUACCAGAGGAACAGACUUGUUUUCACCAUCUUACAUUCUAGUCAAAGGGAUGUUUUAUGUCAAUAUAAUUGGAUAGGUUUAGUUAAGUGAAUGUGAAUGAAUGAUUUAAUGCACAAAUUUCCAUCAAUCUCUGUCUCUAUAAUUCAACACAUCUAAAAUGAAGUUCUGUCAAAGAAAAAAUGAACAAGUUAGUAUAAAAAUUGAAAACAAAUAUAAUUAAAUCCAAGCUUUAAGAUGUUUUAACUGAUGAAUAUUACAAUGUGUAAAUGGAUAACAAAUUUAUCAUACAAAAUAUUUUUGUUUGAUAACAUUUAACAAUGUUUUAAUUAUAUUUUGUUUUCCACCCUCCUCACAACAAUCAAAUACUUGCAUUUUGUCCUGUGAAAAAUGUUUAUUUCAAAUCUGCAUCCUUUGUGACUGUGGUUUCCAUAGGGUAUAUGGUACAUGUAUAUCUAUAUAUUGAAACCCAUUUACCAAUGAAAGUUAUGGAUACCGCAUCUCAAGUUGCUAUUUGUGCAUACAGUAUGAUCGCUGUAAGACCUGGCAGAGUAACUAUAGAAGGCUGUUUCAGGGUUGUCUUAUCUUAACCAUUGAUGUAAUAGAAGAGAUUUUGUACAGUACUGUUCCAUUAUGAUCAUUCAAUAUAAGUUUGUGUAGACUGAAAACUCAAUCCAGGAGAUUGUACAGUAUUAAUCAGGAUGUUUUUAAUGACACUUGCUCUGAUGACCAUCACUAAACCUAACUCCAAUAAUGACCAUCACUACCUAACCCCCAAAACCAAAUUGCAUUCCAAGUCAUAAUCCUAUAUCCCUUUAUAAGGCCUACGAGGAGAAAUGUUGCCGGGCAAAUGCCUUCUCACUUUAUAUGUAUUAUGAUUUUGUGCAAGUUCUGCUAGGAUACUAUUUCUUGGCUUUAAAUGCUAUUUAUUUUUUACUACAUAGUGCUGCAGUAGUGUACAUUUUCUUAUUCGUUUACUGCCUUUUUGAUGUCUUAGUUUUUUUAAUUUUUUAUAGAUGAUGCAGAGUUUUAUCUCAAGAUUUAAUGAACUUGUCUUGCAAGAAAUAGUUCGAAAUUGGUUUGAUCUCCAUACAUUUGGUAGUUUGUUGCAUUUUUUGAUUUGCCAAUUAUCAAUUAAUUUCAAAGAAUGCUUCCAACUUAGACCUAGCUGUGUACCAACAUCAAUACCUGUAGAUUCCCUCCUUCCUACGUUGGAGCGUUGAUUCCUCUAGAAUACUUCCUUGCUGGCUCAAGUAAGAGGGGGAAUUGGUAGAACAAUGAUCUUACUUAAAUAUCACAGCUAUAAAAAAAUGCUUGUGUUUACACUCCUAGUAGAGAUGAAGUUAUCUUGACCAAUCUUCUUCCAAGGGAUGUUAAAACCCUAUCAAAAAGGCAUACAAUAAAAACAAACAUAAAACUAUGAAAUUAAGAUGUUCACUUCUAUGUUCAGAUGUAAGCCAUAUAUGAAUCUUAGCUUUCUCUGUUAACAUGGCAUGAAUGGUAGUAGUUGAUAGGCCUAUUGGCUGUUGUGUGUUACCCUCCUUUUCAGUUGGAAGUUGGAUUUGUUAAUAGCUCCCACACACUUCCCUUUUCAAGGUAUUAGUAACAGGUUGUUUAAUUAUAAGUGCCUGUUCAUCUGGCCUAAUCACACUUGUAUUAGCACUUCUACACAUGGUCAGGCAUACUCGGUAGUCUCGGAAACUUUGUCUGCUUUGAGGAAAGUCUUCUCUAGAAACAAUGUAGUCUUCCUACAGACAAGCACAAUCAAGAGUCUAAAAUUUAUAAUUAUUUGUUGUUUUCUUUGAUGACAAUAAUGUAUUUUCUAGUUCACUAAACCAAUAAUGAUUUAAGGUAAUUUGGGUGAGUAAUUUCUUACCAAAGAACUUCACUAAAUUAGUGACUACAUCCAUGAAGAUUUACACAUUUUGAAGGCUUUUUUGUAAUUAUUUUAGAAUGAGUUGAUUUAUUGAUAAAUACUCUUGUAAAUAGCUGGGUAUAUAUUAAUUUGUUAUUUUGCACAGAAUAUUAUAUUGUAUAGAUAUAUAAUUUGUGUAUAUCUACAUGUAUUUGCAUAUCCGGAAAUUAGAUAUACAAUGCAAUUGAAGCACUUUUUAUGCAUAUGAGAAUAAAAUUGUACAGACAAACCA